AUGACCCGACCACUAAAACAGAGACUGAGACUCAGGCCUGCCAAACUGAUCCACAAUCCGAGUGAUGAACCUAAGAUGGUGGAGGCCACGCACAACAGCACCAAGAAUGGCGUACAUGAAAGCUGCCCCCCCACAUCCACCACAACCAACUUGGACCAGAGAACCAAUCGAUCCGACACCCACAAAGAUUAG